AUGGCGAUUACCGUGGAAAGCGUUCGAAAAGAGCCUAGAACGAUAUGUGAUCUCAUUGAAGAAUGGGCACAGAAGCAGCCUGACCAUAUUGCCGUUUCAUUUGGUGAGAGGAAGAUUACAUACGCUGAACUUGACAAUGCUACAUCUCAUAUUGCAUGGCUGUUAUUGCAGAGAGGAGUCAAGUUUGGCGAUAAAAUCCCUGUCCUGGCUCAGAGAAGCCCUGAAAUGGUUAUUUGUUUCCUAGGCGUCCUCAAAGCAGGCGCUUUGUACGUACCCAUUGAUGUGGAAUCCUGGAGCAAAGAUCGCAUCCAAUCAACGCUGGAGCGAGUAUCUGCCCGUGUCGUUUUAAAUACCAGCACAGAAGAAUAUCUUGGAUAUGAAGAGAUUCCGCUGAAAGAAAUCGAGCGUGCCUUUGCACCGACCAUCGAGAGACACUGGGACAACGAGCUGGAUCGCCCAUGGAAGCGAAUUGAUCCAAGUGAUCUUGUCUUUAUUAUUUUCACGUCAGGCACAACCUCUACGCCAAAAGGGGUCAUGAUCCCUCACAGCGCGGUCCUAAAUUAUGUACAACAAGGGGGAGAAACAACACCGUUCAACUUGAGCGCGACUCCAGCCGAUAUAGUCAUCCUGAUAUUUUCUCCUACCUUCGAUGCUUCUACGGCUGUUAUUGUGUCGGCAUUGUGCAAUGGUGCGGAGCUGAAGAUCGCCACUCCGGCUGAUUUCUUGUACACUGCGACACUCUGUACAAUCAUGGCAUGUACUCCAUCGGUAUUGGCCACAAUUCAGGACCCGGCGAGCUACUCUAACCUGCGAGCCAUCAUGAUUGGAGGAGAAGCAGCACCCGCUUCACUUGUUCGCAAGUGGGCAGCGUCUUUGCCGACUUCUCCGAUAUAUAACUUCUACGGACCUACAGAGACUACUUUUGCAUGUCUGGUGUCUCGACUUUACCCUGAUAAGCCAAUUACAUUAGGGCGUCCAAUGUCAAACAGCCGUGUGAUGUUACUUGAUGGGCAAGUUGAGUCUCGCUAUGGAGAGAUUUGCAUUGCUGGGCCAGGCCUAGCCAGAGGAUACUAUGAGAAUGAAUCACUCACAGCUGAAAAAUUUGUUUACUGGCAAGGCGAAAGGAUAUAUCGCACUGGGGAUUUUGCGCGGUUGACAGACCACGGGCUAGAGUUUGCCGGACGCAAGGACAGUAUUGUCAAGAACCGUGGAUUUCUUGUGAGUCUUGAUGGACAAGAGAUUCCCAUGUUAUGCAGCUACCCGAAGGUUAUGGCAGCUACGGCUUUUAUGCAUCAAGGCCGCCUUGUGGCCUUUGUGACGCCCGAAGACAUUGAUGGGGUCGCGUUGCGGAAGAUCUUGAUUCAGAAAUACGAUUCCUUCAUUAUCCCGGAUCUUAUUCGUCCGGUGGAAAUUCUCCCACUUACUGCAAAUGAUAAAAUCGAUAACCGUGCCUUACGGGCGCUGCUGGAUACCGAAAACCCGCGAGUGGGCGGCGACAAUCUACUACAGGAUGUAUCCAGCCAUGGCUCGAAAAUGGACACAUUGAAAGCUGCGCUUUCUUUUGCCAUAUCUCUACCGCCAUCGGAGAUCACUGACAACCGCUCUUUUACUGAAUUAGGAGGAAACUCCCUGGCAGGAUUGAAAGUGAUAUCUUUCAUGCGUACCAAAGGAUUCCACAUGCGGCUUGUACUGCUUUUUGAUCUUCCAAAUCUAUCUGCUAUUCAUGAUGCUAUGGUAGAACUUGAUGGUUCCGAAGAGGAGGAUGGCACCUCAGACCAUAAGCAGACUCUAGCUUCGGGACCCAUGACGUCUCUUCAGACCAAGAUGAUUCGAACAGGACUUAGAAAUCCUGCUACGAGUUAUAUGCUAUUGCACUUCAAUCUCAACGACCAAACUCAACAUGUACAACAAAAACUUAAGCUUGACUGGAAAAAUGAAGAAACAACUCGCCAUCAGCUAGAACGUGUGAUUCGGAUUCGCUCCCAAGAAAUGCGCAAGAGCAUCUCAUACUUGGAGCAUGGAGACAUAUUUAUACCUAUUUCAGCCUAUCGCUUGAUCACAGUUCCCAAUGUUGCUUCUACCUUCUUGGCUCUGAUUCAUCAUAGUUUAGUGGAUGGUUGGUCAUUCAGCAUCAUGUUAGAAGAGCUCCGUCUAGCAUUAGAUGGUAAGCCGCUCCCAGAGCCUCCGCAAUUCAUCAGCAUUGCUCUGGCUCAAAAGCGGCUGCAACAAGACCCUCAAGGCAACGAAUUUUGGGAAAAAUGCUUAACAGACGAAGCUCAGAGUCAGCUUCUACAGAUGCUCGGGUUCCAGUGGUGCGCUGAUAAUGCGCUGAGCAAAAUGCCAUCCGAAAGGAUAGCCAAUGCUUUCCAGACAAUUGUGGUCGUGGAGUACGAUCUCCCGUCGCAGUCGGGGUCUUGCGAGGCGAUCCCAGAGCCAUGGAAAAUUGAACGAGAAGACAUGAUGGAGUUUGGAAUAACUCUGCUGCUUGAGGAUGAAAGCGAUGGUAGUCUUCGGGCUCGCAUUCUAUACGAUGGCUCGCUCUAUACCGAGCAGAGUAUCGUCGGCCUUUUGAACCAUUUCAAGCGUGCGAUCGAGGGGUUGCUCGACUGCGGCAAUAGCCAAUUACAGCAAGUUAGAAACCGUAUAAUUCUGGAAGAAGAGAGAAAAACGCUUUUAAGCCCAUCGAACCAAGAGCGAGGAAGCAACUACCAAGGAUACGAUACAGUCAAAGACGCUUUUGAAGCUGCCGCAGCGAAGUGGCCAGAUUUACUAGCUUUGGAGUCAACCUGUGGUUCAAUGACUUAUCGAGAAUUGGAUGAAUCUGCUAAUAGGCUGGCCAACCAUCUCGAGUCUAUAACAAAGCCUGGAGAUGUUGUUGGCAUUCUCACCGAUGGAUCUCUCCACUGGGUUAUAGCUAUUCUGUCUGCUCUCAAAGCGGGCUGUAUAUGCUGCCCCAUUGAUGUUAGUCUUCCAGCAGCACGGAUUGAAGUCAUCAUUCAACAAAGCGGUGCCACCAUUUUUAUCGCCGCCAACCAAGAAUGCGCGCGAGUGCUUCGAGAUUUGAAAGGAAGUCGUAUCAUAGUGUCUGACGAGUUUCUCGCGUCGUACAAAACGCCAUCAUCUGCACUUGAGACUGUUUCAAAGCCGAAAGACGUCAUCUAUCUUGUUUUCACCUCAGGAAGCACUGGUGUUCCGAAAGGCGUGGCUUUGUAUAACCGCAGCCUUCUGAUGGUCAUCAACGAUGAGCUAAACCGAAUGUUUUCUGGCCCUGGACGCCGACAUGCUCAAGUCUACGCUCUCGGCUUCGAUGUAGUGCUCGUCGAAUUAUUUGGAUCAAUCUGUUAUGGCGGGACACUAGUUUUGAAAGACCCAAGUGAUCCUCUGGGGCACCUCAAGCGUGUAGAUGCAACCUAUUCUACACCCUCACUGCUAGCAGCUCUGUCGCCAGAAGAAUUCCCCAAUCUCGAUACCAUUGGUCUUGCCGGAGAACCUGUUCCCCAGAGCCUCGCAGAUGCGUGGUCACAUAAGCGCUUGUUCAAUUUUUACGGACCAAGCGAGUGUGGGCCUAUCUCGACUCAAACUGAACUUCGUCCUGGAGAGCAAGUUACUAUCGGAAAAGCCGUGCCCCAUCUGGAUGUCUACCUAUUAGACCACCAUCGGUGUUUAGUUCCACUUGGAGUCACAGGAGAGAUUUAUAUCUCCGGAGAACAGAUUACCGAUGGAUACUGGAGCAUACAAACCGAAACUUCAAAUGCAUUUCUUCCAAACCAUUUGUCCACUGGCAAAGUCAUGUAUAAGACGGGCGAUCUAGGUUAUUGGACACAAGACAUGAAGUUGAACUACGUGGGACGAAUUGACAACCAGGUCAAAUUACGGGGAUUCCGAAUUGAACUGGAAGAAGUUGAGCGCGCUCUUAUUCAUGCAGAUUCCUCCAUACAAAGCGCUGCUGCAAUUGUCGUCAAUCGUGUCCGUCUUCUCGCCUUCGUCACGCCGAAAACCGUGGAUACUUUAUCAGUUGGACGAGUGGUCAAGAAACACUUACCUGCCUACACUUGUCCUGCCCAAGUAAUAGCGAUGGAAUCCUUACCGAAAUCGUCUAAUCUCAAAAUUGACCGCAAAGCUCUUCGGGAGUUGGCUACUGAAAACCUGGACCAAGGAGAUGCUCCGUCAACGCCGACAGAAAAGAUGAUAGCAGAAAUCUGGAGAAAGAUUCUUGACCUUCAAAGCCAUAAUAGUGAGCGUCAAAUUUCCCGAGAUGAUGAUUUCUUGGCCAUCGGUGGAAACUCUCUAUUAGCUAUCAAGGCGGCUCGUUCAAUCGAUGAGCGAACGGGUCAUCACACUCCGGUGCCACUUCUCAUCAUAGAAACAGUCCUAUCAAAUCUUGCAAAAGAAAUCGAUCGAUUUGCGGCUCUUGAUGAACUAGAAGAUGGAAUCACUACAUUCAAGUCGUUUAUACCUUCUCUUUCUGAUCCGCCAAAUAUAAUGGCUGCCCAAUUACCGUCACAGCUCGAGGAAGAACUCUAUUUAUGGCACACCAUGUCGAACACGAAAUCGCUCUUCAACACAGCAUUCCAAUUCAUCAUUAAAGGUGAUGUCAACAUUGAACUGUUGAAUGAAUGUUUGAUCUCUGUGAUCCAAGAAAACCCAAUUCUUCGAGCCCGCUAUGUCCUUGAAGAAGGGUCCAUAUACCGAUUCAUCAGCGAUAAAGUUACUCCAGCCUUGGUUUUCGCAGGGCGAUCUAUAGAUUCCAAGGGCCUACAGACCCUGAUUGAUAAACCUUUUGACCUGGCGCAUGACCAACUCAUCAGGGCGGUUAUCUGUACGGAGAAAGAUGAGCAUGUUACGACAAGGACGUCGCUCUCACUUAUAACGCAUCACAUCAUUACAGAUAAGGCAUCACUCGCGCUUUUACUACAAUCAAUUAGCCAAAAAUACCUAGGAGCAGCCGAUGCCGCUGUUCGCAAUGGGCAGGAUGAUGACGAACAUUCGCUCAAGGGCACCUAUAUCGAAUGGACGCAAUGGCUUCAAAAAAGCAGUUCCCAACCUGCGACACUAACAAAAUUAGCGAAGAGAGAGUUUUGGUACAAUCGUGUUAGACUCAUAGAGGCAGUUCCGUUAUUAAGCGGACGUGAACUUGGAAGCCCCGGUCAUGAGAUACCUGGUUAUGAAUCCAUUCUCGUCCCGUCUACGGAUGGUAAGGGGUUUUCGCAGCGUAUGGCCCUAGCUGCGGCCGCAAUUACACUUUUCGCAGUGUUUGGUAAUGGGAAUCUCGUAUUUGGUAUUCCAUACAUGAAUCGAGACGAGCCCGGGGCGGCGAACAUCAUGGGCCUCCUUCUCGACAGGCUCCCAGUGCGCAUAAAGCUCGACGAUAAUAACAUGGCGGACUCCAGUAUGCUCGUCGACGAUAUUGUGUCGGAAGUCAACCUUUCGGUUGAGAACCAAAUACCUUAUUCUGAAAUUUUACAAUUGGCAAAGGAUCGGAGAUCUCUCUUUGAUGUUGUGGUGAUUUAUCACUGGCAGUCUGACGCACUGGAACACUCCCUCAAGAUACCGGGUGCUCAAGUUUCGAGCAAACGCAUUCGAGCGCGAGGAGCCAAGUUUACAUUGCAGCUGGAGUUCAGCGAGCAGGAUAAUGGACUACACUGCGGCAUCGAAUACAAUGCUUAUGUUCUGUCCCCGUCGCAAAUAGCAGCGAUAAUGUCCUUCAUCCCGACUGUCUUCAAGGGCCUUGUAUCUGGCUUAGCACCAGCUGAAAUUCUUUCCUCAUUCAGACCAUUGAAGAAUUACGAUCUAUUGGCAGCUAUGCCAUCUUAUCAUGGGAGGGUUAACGAGGUCCGCAAGGCUUUCUCUGAAGCACUAGGAAUUCAUACGAAGGGCAUUACACCCGAGACGACACUGUAUGACUCGGGAGGAACAUCUAUAAUAGCGCUCCGGCUUCACUAUUUAUUAGGUGCAACAGGAUUACGUGGGGAUUUGCAUGAUAUAAUUAGAGGGCCUUCUGUAGGAGAGAUUGCCUGGAUGUUCCAGUAA